AUGGAUCCGCCAAAAGUUAUAAUGAUUGGACGAGAAAGAAAGUCAGCGAUUGAUUAUGUUAAUGAAAUUGCGAGAUUUCUGGAGAUUUUCGCCUAUUUAGGAUAUUCGAAGGUUGUGGAGGAUAUUGUAUAUGAAAGGAUCAAAUUUGGAUCAAGAUUUUAUCAGGCAAGUCGACUAGUCAUUGUUCUGGAUCAUGACUAUGUCGAAGAAAAUGUUGGAAUUGCCCGAAGAUAUCUACUCGCCAAGCGACUUUUUGCAUUUGAAUUGUGCUGGGUGACGCCUGACGAACGACAACUUAUUGGAUUUCGGAUAUGCGUUAAAACUUUGACGCGACCUCCCGAAAAACAAGUCGUCCAUAAUCGCGAUCUCGUCGAACGUUUGAAUCAAAUUUUGGAGAAAUUUGAGGCGCUCGGCAUUCCCGACGCUGCGCGCGUUGAAAUGACAUCGACAAAAAUUCGUCCGCGAAUUCGACUUCUUGCUUGUUUACGAAGUGGUUCUGAGAAAACUGACGACACAUCGACAUCUGAUAAUCACAAAAUGAUUCCGAUUGCGGAUUCAAUUAUAGUAACGACGGCCGUCGGAAUCAGUCGUUAUAUGAUCCUUCAUUGCUUUUCAUUGGAUUUUCCAAAUAUUUUAAUCUUUUUCGAAAUGACUCUGAUUUAUUACGGGCUGCUCGACACCACCGAUCGAAGGAUUUCAGAAUAUUUUCCCACCGCUUGGAGUUUUGUUUGUAUGCUCAAAUUGCCCAAAUAUUCGACUCGUGAGAAACUCGAUGAGAAAUUGAGAUAUGCGAUUAAUUCGAACGCUGGGUUUGAAUUGAUGUGA